AUGGCUGAGGAAAAUCACACUUCAGUAAAAAGGUUUAUCCUCAUUGGAUUAACAAAUCAUCCAGAGUUGCAGCUCCCACUCUUUAUUACCUUUUUACUAGUCUAUUUUAUCACCCUUCUGGGGAAUCUUGGAAUUAUAAUAAUAAUAAAGACUGACCCACAACUGCACACUCCUAUGUACUUCUUUCUCAGCAACUUGUCCUUCCUGGAUGCCUGCUAUUCUUCAACCAUUACUCCCAACAUGCUGGCCAAUUUCAUUGCAGAGAGGAAAGACAUUUCCUAUAGUGGAUGCAUCACACAAUAUGGAUUCUUUGCUGUUUUUGCUACCACUGAGAUGUUCCUCUUGGCUGCGAUGGCAUACGAUCGCUACAUGGCCAUCUCUAACCCACUGCUCUACACUGUCACUAUGACUAAGAAGGUUUGUGUAAUGCUUGUUGUGGGAUCAUAUCUCUGGGGCUUUGUGAAUUCACUGAUACACACAUGCAGUUUGCUGAGAUUGUCUUUCUGUGGUUCUAAUAUCAUCAAUCAUUUUUUCUGUGAUCUCACUCCUCUCCUAAAUCUCUCCUGCAGUAAUAUCUAUAUGAAUGUGAUGUUGGUUUUCAUUUUUGGCACUUUUUUUGAAAUAAGCACAUUCCUCAUCAUAAUUGUUUCAUACAUUCUCAUCAUCACUGCUGUGCUGAGAAUACACUCUAAGGAGGGCAGGCACAAAGCCUUCUCCACCUGUGCCUCCCACUUGACAGCUGUCAUUAUAUUUCAUGGCACAAUUCUUUUCAUGUAUUUCCAUCCCAGUUCCAGUUACUCACUGGAUACAGAUAAAAUGGCUUCAGUGUUUUACACUGUGAUGAUCCCCAUGUUGAACCCCUUGAUCUACAGCCUUAGGAACAAGGAUGUGAAAUGUGCAGUAAAGAAAGUGUUUGGUAGAAAAAUAUUUAUUCAGUAA